UCUGUGGAUGGAUACACCGAACCGCACGUCCAGCCUAUCAAGUCAAGUAGCAGACAAAACAUCCCCAGAUGUAGAAACUCCAUUACAUCUACCAAUGAAGAGCAUCCUCACAUUGGAAAUUAUCGCUUACUGAAAACAAUAGGAAAAGGAAAUUUUGCCAAAGUGAAACUGGCGAGGCAUGUGCUUACUGGAAGAGAGGUUGCUGUGAAAAUAAUAGAUAAAACCCAGCUAAAUCCUACUAGUCUGCAAAAGUUGUUUCGAGAAGUACGAAUAAUGAAGAUACUGAAUCAUCCCAAUAUUGUAAAAUUAUUUGAAGUUAUUGAAACUGAAAAGACAUUAUAUUUGGUAAUGGAAUAUGCCAGUGGGGGAGAAGUAUUUGACUACUUAGUUGCACAUGGAAGAAUGAAAGAGAAAGAGGCUCGUGCAAAAUUCAGGCAGAUUGUAUCUGCUGUGCAGUACUGUCACCAGAAAUGCAUAGUUCAUCGUGAUCUUAAGGCAGAAAACCUGCUACUUGAUGCAGACAUGAACAUUAAAAUUGCAGACUUUGGUUUUAGUAACGAAUUUACAGUCGGUAAUAAACUGGACACGUUUUGUGGAAGCCCGCCUUAUGCCGCUCCUGAACUUUUCCAAGGAAAGAAAUAUGAUGGUCCUGAAGUGGAUGUGUGGAGCCUUGGGGUGAUUUUGUACACGUUAGUAAGCGGAUCAUUGCCGUUUGAUGGUCAGAAUCUAAAGGAACUGAGGGAGCGAGUACUGAGGGGGAAGUACCGCAUUCCAUUCUAUAUGUCCACAGACUGUGAAAAUCUACUUAAGAAGCUACUAGUACUGAAUCCAAUAAAACGAGGCAGCUUGGAACAAAUUAUGAAGGAUCGAUGGAUGAAUGUUGGCCAUGAAGAAGAAGAACUAAAGCCAUAUACUGAGCCUGAACCAGAUUUUAAUGACACUAAGAGAAUAGACAUUAUGGUCACAAUGGGCUUUUCAAGAGAAGAAAUCCAUGAAUCUUUAGUAAACCAAAAGUACGAUGAAGUCAUGGCUACUUAUCUACUUCUAGGUAGAAAACCGCCUGAAUUUGAAGGAGGUGAGUCCUUGUCCAGCAGCAACUUGGGUCAAAGGUCUCGUCCUAGCAGUGACCUCAACAACAGUUCUGUGCAGUCUCCUGCUCACCUGAAGGUCCAACGGAGUAUAUCAACUAAUCAGAAACAACGGCGGUUCAGUGAUCAUGUUGGUCCCUCAAUUCCUCCUGCUGUGUCAUACACAAAAAGGGCUCAGGCAAACAGUGUGGAAAGUGAACAGAAGGAAGACUGGGACAAGGAUGUCUCACGCAAACUUAGCAGCGCUACAGUGGGAUCCAAAGGAGAGAUGGCUGCAAGUCCACUUGUGGGUCCAGAGAGAAAGAAAUCAACUACAGUUCCCAGUAAUAAUGUAUUUUCUGGUAGUGGAAUGACAAGGAGGAACACUUACGUUUGUGAGCGUUCUUCAGAUCGCUAUUCUGCAAUACAGAAUGGAAAGGACAACAGCCUAACAGAAAUGUCUGCGAGUAGCACAUCAUCUGCAGGCUCUGCAGUAGCUUCUACUGUAUCGACACGGCCUCGACAUCAAAAGUCUAUGUCUGCCUCUGGUCAUCCUAUAAAAGUUACACUGCCAACCAUCAAAGAUGGCACUGAAGCUUACCGACCAAGCAGUGCAACUCAAAGAGUGCCUGCUGCUUCCCCAUCUGCUCAUAGUAUUAGCACUACCACUCCAGACCGAACCCGCUUUCCUCGGGGGAGUUCAAGUCGAAGCACUUUCCAUGGUGAGCAGCUAAGGGAGCGGCGUAAUGCCACUUACAAUGGACCGCCCGCCUCACCAUCACAUGAAACCGGUGCUUUUGCACAUGCUAGAAGAGGGACAUCAACUGGUAUAAUAAGCAAGAUAACUUCCAAGUUUGUUCGCAGGGAUCCAAGUGAAGGCGAAGCCAGUGGCAGAACUGACACCUCAAGGAGUGCUUCUGGGGAGCCAAAAGACAGAGAGAAGGAGGAUAGCAAAGAUUCGAAGCCACGCUCCUUGCGGUUCACGUGGAGUAUGAAGACUACUAGUUCUAUGGACCCGAAUGAUAUGAUGAGAGAGAUUCGGAAAGUGUUAGACGCUAAUAACUGUGAUUACGAACAAAAAGAGAGGUUUUUGCUCUUCUGUGUUCACGGUGAUGCACGACAAGAUAGCCUCGUUCAGUGGGAGAUGGAGGUCUGCAAACUGCCACGGUUGUCGCUCAACGGAGUUCGUUUCAAGAGAAUAUCUGGGACUUCUAUCGCAUUUAAGAACAUUGCAUCCAAGAUAGCAAACGAGCUUAAGCUGUAAGCAGAACCUAAAUUUUUUUGGAUCAGGGAAGAUUCAUACAUGAUCUACACUUUGAAUGUACUGGUUACGCCUAAUGUGAUUGGCCUGUGAAACUCCCCAUGUAGAAAUUGCCCUUAUUGCAAUAAGGUUAUACAUAGUUAUUCAGAAUUGUAAAGUUAAAUCCAGUAUGACCUAUAUUAAAUAACUGUAGCUAAAGAAGUUAUGUUCACAUGUACAGGUAAGUAUAUAGAGCAUUCUGUUCAUUUUAUGUUCAUAGAGUUGUAUAAUAAAAAGAUGACUGCUUAAAUUCAGAUCUUGUAUAGUUGUCUAGAUUUCUGCACAGAAAUGUAUGUUUGAUGCUUUCAGUUGGAAAAGUUCUUCCCUAUCAUUUACAUUUUUGGUGGUUUUUAUAAGUCUUACCUCUAUCAUGCGUUUUUUAAAAAACUUGUGUCCUGAGUCAAAUGCACAACAAUAGUUUUCACGACUGUGGCAUGACCAUUUUUAAUUAUUUAAAGAUUGUUCAUGAUUUGAACCAAAAGUCGAUGAAUAAUCGGCUUUUGUUCUACACGAGACUGUUCCUGCUUAUCUUUGGCUCUUAUCCUUGUUAUUGGACAGUGUUUAGUU